AGUUUCCGCACGGUUGAGAAGAUAAACAGACGCGAACACCAAUAGAAACGCAGCACAUAGUCUUUAGGUCCCGCCUUUUAGUGACGGACGUUAAUUUUAACAAAUCAGAAGUGGCACCGUCGCACCACCUAACCGGAGACAUCUUUCUGAGCCAAGUGUAGCUAAUAGGCUGUACUUUGUUUACGUCCCGUUUGUUAGCUGACAGCUGUUGUUGCGCCUUCUGCACACAAACAGACGAGUCUGCUAGUCUUUGCGGGUUCUCUCAAGCUUCGGAAACUUUCACACAGUGCUUCUGGAUGUGGAAAAUGGCAUGUUUUGAUGAAUGAGGGCGACCUGUUAUAUGACGACAGGAGGAUGAACUCUAUCACCGGUCGGGUUCUCUCCAUCCCCGCCGCAUCUGUCACCAACUCUGGAGCUUCAUCCUCUCGAGCCUUGCAUGUAGACCUCACCUCCCAGCAGAGACGUUUACGUCACCUUCGGAGCAUUGCAGCCAGAAACAUUGUCAACAGGAAUGGUUCCCCACUGCUGGACACAUACUUUACCCUCCACCUCUGCAUAGGGGACAACAUAUCUCGAGGCUUUUACAAAAGUGAAGUCAUACGAGACUCACUGAAUCCCACUUGGCGCAGCCUGGACUUUGGCAUGCUGCCAGACCUGCUGGACACCUCAGUGUCGUGCUUUGUGGUGAGAAUCUGGGGCGGACAGGAGGAACAGUAUCAGCUUCUCAUAGAAUGGAAGGUCAAUCUGGAUGGCCUGAAAUACACGGGGCAGCAGAUUCGAUCCAGGAAUCCAAAUGAGAUCAUAUUUGGAUUGAAUGAUGGCUACUAUGCAGCUGACUUUGAUCACAAGGAUCAGUCAGAGCGGAAGAAAAACAGUCUGCUUCAGGUCGACCAGAGUUCAGUCAGGAACUCCUACAGUGUUUUUUCUUUGCUCAGGCUUCACACGGCACAGAGAGCCAUCAAGCAGACGCAGGUGACGGUGCAGAAGAUCGGGAAGGAGAUCGAGGAAAAGCUACGAACGACAGCAGCCUGCACAGAACGGAAGAAAGAGCGGGAGUGCAUGCAGCUGCGCAUCGCCAUGCUGCGUAAUGAGCUGCAGAGGCAGAGGAAGGCGCUCGGCAGAGAGGUCGACCUGCGGCAGAAGGAGAGAGCACAGCUUCAGAAGAAAGAGGAAGUUUUCUCCGUUCGGCAUGUGAGUUUGAAGGAGGAGAAAGAGUCCUUAACCAAGCAGCAGAAAGAAUGCACCGCCAAGAGAGAGCAGUUCCUCAAGUCCAACGCUCAGCUCACCUUCCGCUGUCGUCAGCUCCUCUCUGAGCUCUCCUACAUCUAUCCCAUUGAAGUGGCGAAUCAGUCAGAUUAUAUCAUCUGUGGAGUAAAGCUUCCCAACUCUGAAGACUUCCAAGCAAAGGAUGAUGGGAGCGUGGCAGUCGCCCUGGGUUACACAGCACACCUGGUCCUGAUGAUCUCAUGCUUCCUGCAGAUCCCUCUAAGAUAUCCAGUGAUCCACAAGGGGUCACGCUCCUCCAUCAAGGACACUAUCACAGACAGACUAACGGAGAAGGAGAGAGAAUUCCCCCUGUACCAGAGAGGAGAGCGAUUUCAUUUUGAAUAUGGGGUCUACUUACUGAACAAGAACAUCGCCCAGCUGAGAUAUCAACAUGGCUUGACUACCCCAGACCUGCAGCAGACACUGCCCAACCUAAAGAACUUCUUGGAACAUGGCCUUCUGGUUCGGUGCGAUCGUCAUACGUCCAGCUCUGUCCCAGAGGCCUCCAAGUCCCAGCUGGGUAUGGCCGCAGCUUCAGAUGUGGGUCACCCCCGUCACACCAGCUCCCCAGACCGAGGCCUGAGGAAAAGAGCUAGUUCAGAGGCAGACAGGUACAAGUCCACGCCUCCACACAGCUAUAAGACAGCCAUGAAGGACGAAUCAGCCUCGUCCUCACCUUCUUCACACAUGACGUCCUACCUUGAUGCCGACGUGGCCUCGACCAAGCUGACCAAGAUGACCGAGAAAGACGGAGAGCAGAGACAGGAGGAGAAGGAGGAGCAGAGUCAGGAUGAGGAGAAAAUAGCCGAGGUGGAGACACACAGGAGUGCCGAUGGAAAGGAUCAACGAGAAGAAAGUCAAGAACAAUCACUCAGCAGCACAGAGACGGUAAACUCUUCCACCGUGCAGGGACCACGAGGGGAAACAGGGGGAGCUGUUCAACACACUGGCACCAUGAACGGAUCUUUGAUAGCGGCGCAGGAGCCUGUCAGCCUGGUCUCAGAGCUGCACUGCUCCGUGGAACAAGCUGAGGAAAUCAUGGGCACAGAGGCCACCGGACUGGGGAUAGGAGUGGGAUUAGGAUUAGUAGAUGAGUCGCGUUUGGAAGACUACCGCUGCAUCCCUGUGGACCACGCAGUAGCCGUGGAAUGUGAUGAGCAGGUGCUGGGGGAACUGGACGUCGCUGGUUUUGAGGAGUUCUCCCGACGCAUCUACGCACUCAAUGAGAACAUGUCCAGCUUCCGGAGACCACGGAAGAACUCUGACAAGUGAGGCAGAGGAGCUACAGAGACAGUGAGGCAUAGCAAAACUGAGAGAGCCUGCUGCCCCAGUAUUUACACUCAAGACUUGAACGACUGUUAGGAUGCGCUUUAGCUUUGGUCUGGAGUGCACGGCCGCUGACGACAAGGCUUGUGUGUGUGGUAAUCUCCUGAAUGCAGCCACGAUCCCAGGUCAGGUUUUCUAGCUGUCUCACAGGUGCCCCCCCCCCCCCCUGCCUCUCCCCUUUUGACUGUGAAGGCAAACUGAGGUGGGAGUUGGAACCGUCAGAGACACAUUAUCGUCCCCUCACCACCAACAGCAGCAGCAGCUUUACCCGAUUCUCUGUGUCCACACGGCUCAGGUGACACUAUGAGAGUCACUGACAGGAUGGAGCUCACAGCACAUGGCAGGGGAAGUGCAAUUCUAGGUCUGCCCCUCUCCAUGUCUUUUUAGUUCAACUGUCCCAUUUUAGUGUUGAUGUUAUUCCCAUUAAUUUGACCAAAACCUAAAGUCCUUGUUUCAGUUCCUUUGGAAUUUCUCAGGCUUUACUCUACAUGUUGGUAAAAUGUGUCUCGAUCUUGACUGAUUUCGUCCACUCUCUGUGAUAACGUCCACUGUCCUCCUCGUACUCUAUGCCUCCUUGCACUGAUGUUGAAACAAUGGAUUAUUUAUGUCUUCUAACAUCAUCCAGCUUUACUUUCCACCGUGGCACAGGGCGUCGGCCUUUGCUGUCGAUGUGGUUACUUCGCAGGUCCGCAGGUUCCGACGUGGACAGAGGCUUUGCUUCAUCCACCGUGAUUCAAAUGGACUCUCCUGUAUCCGUAUCCUGUUUCUGUGUCUCAGAGCCAUCGCUGUGGCUGCUGAACGUUGAAAACUGUAUUUAAAUGCGAAGAGAAAACAUUUCCAUACACAGCUCUACAGUUGAAGUGACCAUGUACAUAUACUUUUGUAUGUUUUUUGGAGUUAAUAAAGAUAUGGAUGGCAUGGAUGUACAGUAUCUAACCCCCUCCCAAACAGCAGUCUGUCUGUGUAUGAGGUACUGACAGGUCAAAAGGUCGGGUGAGGUGUGAAGGCCGUCCUAAAACAGUGACAUUACUGUAAAAAAAAAAACCUGAAACCACUGGACUGUGUGGUUUAGUAUAGACAGGAAAAUCCUUUUAUUUUUCUUCUUUUGGAACUGUACUGCCACACGUGUCACAUUUUCCGUUUCCUAGGAACAACAAUGCAACGGCAUAGAUAACGAGCAACUGUCUUUCCGUCUCAACCAGGACCGUCUGCAAAAUAAAAACAAUCAAGCUAUUUGCAAUAGCUUAACCACUACAUUAUUUGUUAUUAUUUAUUGUAUCUUUUUUAAGUCAGUUAAACAUCAUUUUUGCCCCUAAAUUCAAUUGAAGCAUAAAAACAUUUUUCUUGUUUUAUUCAGAUGGAUGAUGUGAGCCUUACAGACUGCUGUUGUGCACUUCACUCAGGACUGCUGAAGUUUCCCAUGACAACCAGCACUUCUGUUUUCUUUAACACCAUUAAGCACUUAAGUGAAAAUAAGCCAACCAUCGUCUCGGUAUGACUGUGUCACUUUGUUGUCUGGGCUCCAGUUAUGUGUCAAUUUGUUGGCAUUAACCACCGGAAAACAGUAACUUGGGGCAUUGGCAUUGCUGUGUGCCAGUAAUUCACGUCUUUGAGAGCGAUUACGGUUGGUUACUGUGAAUAUAUUUACAACUAUUAUGUGUAGAAAUAAAGCUUUGUCUUCUGGCA